AUGGUCGUCGAGACUUCUUCCUGGAAAAUGGAUGCCUUGUCUUUCCUCGACAACUACUAUCCGGCUCCACGUGACUCACAACCAUCGGUGAAGAUCGCCCCAUCGUUCUUUGGCGAUGUCAAAGAGCCAAUUGUCGUCGUGGGCUCUCCAGGAAUCGGAGUCUCCGUUCAGACUACUCUCACUGGUCCCAUCCAUCUUUGUCCAUUCAAGGAAUCGGUUGAGCUGUUCCGGAAACAACUUCAAAUUCAAAAAACAGUCGGCUGCCAAACGGAUAUUGCAGGAUACAGACCAGUGCUUCCACUUGAACUUGUCCUUCAAGAAUGGCGUUUGGAGGUUCUCUCGCAACCGAUUGAUCGUGAAAUACGGAGAUUAGAGGCAUGUGUUAUCAACGAAUUCAGACAGAUUAUCAGGAUUUUUCAGGCGGAAAUCGCUGGACUGCAAGCUGGAAGACGUCGUGCUCGCAAUGUGAUUUUUUAUCGAGUUCAACGAGAGACUCAAUUUCCGAUUGCCUUUAUCACAAGAGAGAUGUUCAAUUCUCUUUCCCCACAGACCCAGGCUAGACACCUCGCUCAAAUCUUCCGUAGAAUUAUGUACUGA